AUGUAUUUCACAAAUGCACAGACAAGGCGGAACCAGAGUCCACGAGCGGGACCAACAGGAAGAGCACUUGGCUUAAAUCCCAAAGGAACAUCAUCUUCAUCAUCAGAAUUUCAAUGUCCAGAAGAAUUUGGAUAUUUCCCACAUCCAUCCGAUUGUAGUCUUUAUUAUGUGUGCGUAUUCGGUGGUGCAUUACAAGAAAGUUGUACCGGUGGAUUAAUGUACAGUCAUGAGCUUCAAACAUGCGACUGGCCACGUAAUGUUGGAUGUGAAGCAUCCGAAGUUAGUAAACCAGCACCAGCACCAGCUCGUGAGGUGAGUCCACGAGUUCCACAAGUUUCAAGUCGAGUACGCUUUUCAUCAUUAAAUGUUGAACAAACAGCACCAUCUGGUCCAUCGGGUCCAUCGGGCCCAUCAGCUCCAUCAGCACCAGCACAUAUUCAACAGAUCCAAACAUUGCCACCACCACCAAAUCAACAAAGAAUUUCACCAAAACCUGUGAUCACGUCGAGAGGACAGCCACCUAGUUUUACACAAGAUGAGAUUUUAAAGCAGCUUUACGAAGAAACACACGACACACUUCCACCAGCUGAGGAGGAAGAAACCGAUAGAAAUCAACGUGUGUACAGAGGUCAACCAAGUACAGUGACACAAGUUCAAAGAGAUCGUGAUGGUAUCAUUCAUCAACCCAGUCACAAUGCAAUUCCCACACAAAAUAAAGUUGGAUCUUUUUCAUUUACAAAUUCACAAAUUCCAACAUUUACAAGUGAAGACGAAUUACAAGACCUUGACAUUACAAAACAUAAAGUUUUGGACCGUAAACGACGCGACCUUUCAUCUCUUACUGACAGUAAUGAAGAAUCAAAUAUUAAGACUGAGCAUUUAGAAAAUGAGUCAGAAACAGAGACUGACAGUACUAAACGUAUAGAGAAAAGAUCAAAUGACGAUGAGACACAUGUGUCGAGUUUAGAUGAAGUGUCUGAAAUUUUAGAAGGCUCUGAGAAUAGCGACGAUGUACAGAGACGAACACGUCAAUUAAGACCGUCGAUAAUAAGUAGCCCGUGGAGAAUUUCAAACGGCAGAGCCGUGAAUUUUUCGCCAUCAAAUCAAAACUCUUAUGGAUCAAGUUUCAGUGGAUUCCCAAGUGCACAAUCUGGAUUUUUAUAUAAAAGUGAUGGUCGAUUUUACCCGACAAAUCCAUAUAAGACUUCUUCAGAUGAUUUUAGGCCUGUGAUUAGUACAUAUAGUGGAAAUAAUAAUAAAAAUAAGUAUAAUUUUCAAUCAUUUGGAAGCAAUAGUGGAUCAAGUAGUGGUUAUGCAUAUGAAUCGUCAGACAGAGAUCAGGAAGCGACACCAAAAUACAAACAAUCAUCAAAAAUUCCAUCUCAGUCAUCUGCUUUAUUGCCACUGAUUUAUUCACUCGAGUCAUUUGAGCCAAAGGCUAAACAAACCACGACACCACCUCCCAUUGAGUCACAAGAUAAUUAUUCUUACUUUCAUCUUGGCAAAGGCUCCUCAUCGCAAACACAACAUCAUCAACAGCAGCAGCAGCAUCAGUAUCAAGACAAGGUGAAAACCUAUGCCUUUCCCAUCACUAAUCAACAGCCACAGCAGACAACAACACAAAGAUCAUUCGUUUCAUUUAACUCCGUUGGUGGCUUUUUUAAUAAUAAUCAACAGCAGUCGAAUCAAGGAUUUUUGCCUAUACAGAGUAGCAGCAGCAGUGGCAGUAGUAAAAAUAAUAAUAACAACAAUAGCAAUAAAGUAACACCAGCACCGAUAUAUGAAGGAAUAAAAUCAGCAUCGUCAUAUGAUAGCCGCUAUACAUCACCAGCACCAAUAAAGAAAUCACAAUCCACACCGCAAUAUUCAUCAAAUGGAUUUCUCAAUAAUUUAAAUUUUAAUAAAAAUGCAGCGACUGUUUUCAAUUUUGGCAUUGACAGUGCGAAAGAACGAGAGAAGCAGCGUGAAGAGAAAGUGAUUGAAAUAACAACAAAGAAGCAGAGCUAUAAACAGCAACAAUAUCCAAUACCAACAAGCACACCGAAAUAUAUUCAAUCGUACACGACACCUAAUCAAUUGUUUGAUGUUGAUAAAUUCAUAGCUGAAUUGAGAGAGACGCAAAGAUUGCAAAAUGUGAAAAAUAUUGGAGGUAAUCUAUCACCACACAAUAUACAGCAACAGCAUUCAAUAUACAAAAUCAAUAAUAAUAAAACACAAUCGCUUUUAUUGAAUAAGACACCGAAUAUAAGAUAUCAAUAUUUUACAAGUCCAUCACCAUCGUCCACGACUGCUUCGCCAGAUGAAUAUUAUUACGAUGACGAAGAUGAGGAAGUUGAGCACACAUAUGAUAAUGGUGCUAAUUUAUCAAAACUUAAAGUUCAAAGUGACAAGGUUAACAGCAAUAAAGAUAAUUAUAAUAGCCAUACGCUUAAUAAGAAGCCUAAUUUGAUUACUUCAAAUGCAGCUGCAUAUGAUGAUGACGAAUAUUAUGAAGACUAUGAGGAUGAGGAAGAAGAAUUUAAGUUCUUACCGCCUCCUGUAAAUAAACCAAAAUAUACACCAAUGACUGAGACUAUGGCACCACGUCCUAUAAAUGUCACUACACUCCGACCAUACUAUGUUAGUGGACAGACAUUCAGCACACCAUCACCAAUCUCCAGCACAAUUCCGUCAAUAAUUAAAUUUCCAGAUGAUGUGUUUCAAGCUAUUCGUCCAUUCACGAGUCUCUCGCCGAAAAUCUAUUCAAAUGGCAAUAAUGCUAAUAAAAUUAUAAAAACGAAUCAUCUCUCGGGCAGCUACGACUUUACGAAAGGCACAACAACAACACAGAUUCCACACUCGACUACAAAAUUGACAACAAAAGCUCCAAAAACGACAACAACAACUGAACGGACCACAACAAAAAAGACAAAACUUAAAAUUAUUACAAAAGCAACGACAGCUGGUAAAAAACAGCAAGUGACAAGUACUACAGUAAAGCCUACUAGGACGGCAGUGACAACUACUAGACGAAAACUUUAUACGAGUAAAGCAAAUAAUAGGGGAAAUUUAAGAUUCAAGCCAUCAACGAAACGACCUGACUUGACUAGACUUGAAAUUGACGAAAAAUUACCCAACAGAGUUGAGCAAUCGUCGCCUGCUCCUUCAGCAUUCAACAUUCCAUCGAAAACGCAAAUCACCCAAAACAAAAAUUAUUACAACACAAGCAAUUACAAUACCAAUUUUGAUCCAUUUUAUCCAUCAUAUGAUGACGGUGUAGAUAUUUACUCCGAUGUCGAUUACUCAAAUAUUUAUAAUCAACCAAAAUCAACGCCAUCAUCGACAUACCGUCCAACAACAACACAAUCGCCACAAACAUUUGCAACAAGACCGCAAACUCAAUCAACGACUUAUUUAACGCAAACUCAAGCACCACCAAAACAAAAGUAUAAUCAACAGAAUAUUUAUUCAUCGGCUGAUUAUGACGAUGGUUUAAAUGCUCAGUUGGAAGAAAGUGAACGAUAUGGACAGCAAGAGGAGGAUUCAUCAAAUUUCAGGGGAGACAGAAACGAAUUGAGUCCUACAUUCGAUCGUAAAUUACCAAAAGUACAGUCACCAUCGUCCUUUUCUAAUGGACAAAAAUAUUCAUCUGUACCGGCUAUUGUGAAACUUUCAACACCCGAACCAUUUUCCUAUAAACCAACUGUACCCGUAACCCAACGUUACUCCACUUCUCGGUCAUACUCAUCAACUAAAUUCCCACAAACUUUCCCAACCACAUCUUCUUCUACAACCACUACAACUCAAAGAACCACUACUACUCAGGAGCCUCCUCAGUAUUAUCCGACAAGAUCAUCGCUGUCAGAUGGUACCAACAAGACAGCUAAUAAUCGUUUAAAAAUAACAUUUUCUGCUCGCGCGGGUUCCCUAAAUCCAUUCCAAAAAGAUUAUAUUCCUUAUAAUGUCCCAAUCCAAUCCUCUCUUUUACCAUCCAUAAAUUACACUGAUACAUUACCCUCGACGACUUUGACUAAGACAAGUACAAGCACUUUUUCAAGUAGUACUAGUACCAUAAAAUCUACAACAACUGUACAAACCCCAAUUACUCCUCCCUCUGUGCAAGUUGUUAACAUACAAUUAAUUAGUAAUAGUAAUAGUAACAAUAAUAAUAACAAUAAUGAUAAGUUUAAUAGUAAUACUCAUAAUAAUAAUAAUAAUAAUCAAGAACCUUUACCUGACCAUUAUUAUUAUUCAGAACAGGAUGGUCAAUUUGAUUAUUAUGAUAAUGUUGAUGAGAUAUCCAUUCCAUCAUCUAGCAUUAAACCAUUAGUAAAUAAUAACAUUAAAAAUCACCAUUCAUCAUCAUCAUCAUCAUUUCCAUCUAAAUCAUCUUCAAAUUCUCUUUCUCAAUCAUCAUCGCCGAUAAAAAGUUUUGCAAAUUUAAAUGUCAAUUCCGAAUUAAAUUAUAAAUUGCCAAAUUUGUCACAGCUUCGAUAUGAUCAGAGCACAUUAAAGUCAUUUUUUAUGAAUUCUAAUCCGACGACAGAAAAUUUAAUGUUGGCAAGUUUGAGACAAUCGACAGUUGUUUCUACAACGCCUUCUAGUACCACGACGAGCACCGAAAAGUCAACGAGUACUGUAAAAAUUCCGACAUCUACUCGUGACUUUGAGGAGCAACGUCAAAGAAUUUUAUCAUUUAUUAUUUCUGAAAAUCAACCUUCUAGCUUUAAGGCACCAAGUACAACUACAACGCAAAAAUCCAUAUUUAUUGAUAAUACUAAUAACUAUAGUCAUAGUGAUCGCAGCUCUAACAAGUAUGAAUAUUUUAAUGCUUUUGUAAAUGCGCAAAGCUCACCAAAAUCGGUAGAAAGCACGACAUCGACGCCACCUAGAAAUAUUGUGCAUAAUUCAGUGAUUAAUCAGGCACCAAAAUCAACAGUUUUGAUAUCUCGUGAACAAUUGACACAGAACAAUAAUAAGCCAAUUAGAUUGACAUUAUCGUCAUCUUUGGACGGAUUUGAAAAUAAAAAAGUGACAAAAGACAAGGAUUACAAUAAAGGAACGGUUGAAGAGAUUCCAUUGCUUAAAUCAAGACAGCCAAGUCUUUACUUAAAACCAAUCGAACCAACGACUUACUCACCUCCAAAAUCAUACAGAUUUACCACAGAAUCAACUUCAGAACCUUCAACAACGACUUACUCACCUCCAAAAUCAUUCAGAUUUACGUAUGAAACUAGUUCAGACCCAUCGACAACGACCACGACUGAAAAGCUAUUUGAAAUUUUAAAUGAAGAUGUUCAAGAAGAUCCAGAAAUUUUUGCUAUUCAUUCAAGACGACGUCCAUAUGUAAAUGAUUUUUUGACAUCCAGUACACUUCCAACUAGAUUCCCACCAAGAACGACCACAACUGAGGCGCCAUCCUCAACAGAAUCAAGUACAAUAUUGCCAAUUUCUACAGCACGAACAGUCGCACAAAGUUUCACAUCUCGCGGUCUUGUCUUUAAAGAAAUUCUUAAUAAAACAUUAGAGUCACAGGCACUUACGAAGCCAAUUGUAUCGCCUUACAUAAGUUUGGAAACACAAAGGCUUACGAAUGCAAUUCGUACCACACCACGUACUAAUUAUGGCAUUAAUACUAAUAAUAUUAACAAAGAAUCGACAAUGACGUCGACCCAAAGUACGCCAGUUUCAACUUAUCGUAGUUACUUCCUUAUAACUGCACCACCGAAAACUAUGAAUAAUCAAGAAAUUAACAUAUCAACGACAGUUCCUUCAACAUAUUUAUUCCCCGAAUCAAGUACAACGAAAUUGGUCUCAAAUUUCCCAACUGCAUCGCCAUUAAUUUUAAGUACAGUUAAAGAAAGUUCCUUAUCCGAACGUAAACGUGGCAAAUAUCGUCCAUACAUUUCAUUCUCUUCGUCCUCAUCAAAUUCUCUUGAUGAUGAGGCAACAACUUAUUCACCACGACUUAGAUUUAAUGCUCGAACUACCGAAUCAUCAGUCGAACAACCAGUGGCUGUAAGACGUAAAGUGAUUCGAUUAAAAUCAGCUUCUGUCGAUACGCCACAAAGUUCAUCAACUGAGCGAGUUGAUGUCACGACUUACAAUCCAUCGAAGAAAAUUACUUUUGAUAAAUUUGUUCCAUCACAUCCACGCGAAUCGCCAAUAUUAACAAAAUUAAAUGAAUUUAUUAGUAAAUUAUCUCACUCGGCUGAUAUCUUUGGAACGACGUCAAAGGGAAGCAGUUAUAAUGAUUUAACGAAUGAAAAUGUUGCGUCAGUUGUUGAAGUUACUGAAAAGCCAUUCUAUAAAACUAGAUUAAGUAAUUUAAAUAAUAAUAAUAAUAGUAAUUUAAGAAAUCUCACUGAAUUGCAUGAUACAACAACGAAAAAAUUCAGAGCAACAGUUGAGAUGCCUGAAAUGAAUGUGCCGGAGGAGAAAUAUGAGAAAAAGAAUGUAAAUUUAUAUAGUGAUGAUUCAUAUGAUGAGGAAGAGAAUGAAGAGCGUCCAUAUAUUGAUAUUAUUGAUGAUCAUGAUGAAUUCAUUGCCGCUGUGAAUGUUGAAAGUUCAACAUUGUCUAGCACAGCAAGUCCAUAUCCAUCGAGAUAUUUUUAUAAUACAUCCUAUAGUAGUACUGAGACACCGACAAGUACAUUGACGACAAGUACAGUCAGAACAACGACAAUACCAGAAACGACAUCCACGACUGUGACAGAGCCGACGACAACGACAAUAUUACGUACGACAGAAAACGUACUGAGUACAACGACGACAACUAAUCCUAAAAGUUUGAUCCCGCCGCGCGCUACGCGUGUUAACAAUGCAAUUAAAUCAUCAAUAAGUGCUGGACUGCCACGCAGAAAUUCAAAUAGUGCCAGUAUAAAAUGUAAUGAUGUUUCCUCCAAUGCAAAGUGCAACGAAAUUCCCUCGAGACCAUCAAACAGAAAUCCAAGUAGAGGCAGUUCCGCAUAUGCUGGAGAGACUCAAUCAACAGUUUCUCAAAAUUCUGGACGUGGUACUUCACCAACACGCGCACGACCAACAUUGAAGCCAGCACAAAUCGUAACUAAAGAUGCACAACAAUUUGUUGAUAUUUAUCGACAUCAGCCAACACGUAUUGAGCCUCUCUAUCCACAACCAGUGCCAGAUAAGACAGCUGCCAAAUGCCGUAAAGAUGUUUGCUUACUUCCAGAUUGUUAUUGCGGUGGUAAAGAUAUUCCAGGUAAGUUACCGUUGGACGAGACACCACAAUUAGUUCUCAUCACAUUCGAAGAUUCCGUAAAUGAUGUACACAAUAAAGUGUUUGAAAUGUUAUUUAAUUCAUCACGUAAGAAUCCAAAUGGAUGUGAAAUUAGAGCAACAUUCUUUAUUUCACAUGAAUGGACCGAUUAUGGUCUAGUUCAAGAUCUUUAUGCUGAUGGACAUGAAAUUGCUUCGCACUCAGUUUCUAGUGGGAAAUUACCAGUGCAGCUUUUAGUGUCUGUGGAUCACGAAAGCUUCACAAUAUUAGAAAAUGGCUUUGGAGAUAUGCCAGUGGAACAAGUGCCACAGAUCGUUUUAUUAACCUUCGAUGAUUCCGUAAAUGACUUGAAUAAGCAACUCUACGCUGAUCUUUUCCAACGUGAUCGUGUUAAUCCAAACGGUUGUCCAAUCUCUGCAACAUUUUAUGUGUCACAUGAAUGGACUGACUAUAGUCAAGUUCAAAACUUAUAUGCUGAUGGUCAUGAAAUGGCAUCACAUACAGUCUCACAUAGUUUCGGUGAACAAUUCUCAUUGAAGAAGUGGGCACGUGAAAUUGCCGGUCAACGUGAAAUUUUAUCAGCAUAUGGAGGUGUUAAACAAGACGAUAUCCGCGGUAUGAGAGCUCCAUUCUUGUCAAUCGGUGGCAAUAAAAUGUUCAAAAUGUUGUAUGACUUCAACUUCACUUAUGACUCAUCUAUGCCUGUUUAUGAAAAUCGUCCACCAAGCUGGCCAUAUACACUUGACUACAAACUCUUUCACGACUGUAUGAUUCCACCAUGUCCAACAAAGAGUUAUCCAGGUGUGUGGGAAGUUCCUAUGGUAAUGUGGCAAGAUCUUAACGGUGGCCGUUGUUCGAUGGGUGACGCUUGCUCAAAUCCAGCUGAAUCCGAGGGAGUUUACAAAAUGAUCAUGAAGAAUUUCGAACGUCAUUACACAACAAAUCGUGCUCCAUUUGGCUUGUUCUAUCAUGCAGCAUGGUUCACACAACCACAUCAUAAAGAAGGCUUCAUUCAAUUCCUUGAUGCAAUCAAUAGCAUGAAGGACGUUUACAUUGUUACAAACUGGCAAGCACUUCAAUGGGUUCGUGAUCCAACGCCAAUUUCCAGAAUGCAAUCUUUCCAACCAUUCCAAUGCAAUUAUCAGGAUCGUCCAAAGCGUUGUAAUAAUCCAAAAGUAUGCAAUCUCUGGCAUAAGUCUGGCGUACGAUACAUGAGAACGUGUCAACCAUGUCCCGAGAUAUACCCAUGGACUGGUAAAACAGGUAUCCGAUCAUCAAGAAUUGACAAUGAUCUUGAAGUUGUGGAGAGUACUUAAAUUGAUUAUGUAGAACAAAUUGAAUUAAAAAAGACCACACAUUAUCAUCACCAUUACCGUCAUCAACAAUUGUAUUUAUUAAUUUGAUAGUUCAUUGAGCUGAAUAUGAUUAAUGUUUCUCUAUUUUUAAUGUAUAUUUUUUUAUUAUCAUUUUGCAUACAUGAAAUUUCCAAUAAUAAUGGUUUAUGUAAUAGUAAACAAAUCCUUCAAUAUGUCUUAAUGAAAUAAGUUACCUUUAUCAUAUCUGUUUGUGACUUUCUUUCUAUUUUUAUUAUAUUUGAUGUGAUUAAUCAAGAUUAACAAGAAUUAUCUUCACUGAAUUUCAAUGAAAUUAAUAAUUUUUUGCGAAUAUAAAAAUUUUAUUUUGAGGUUAAUCCUUUAAUAGAUUUGACUGGGAUUUACCUCAAAUGCUGUAAAUUGAUUUUCAUAUUUUGGCGCGAUUGUGAUAAUUUAUUAAGAAAAAUAUUUGACAGUAAAUUUGAGAUUUUGCUGGACGUAAUGAAUAGAAAUUUUUGCUUGAAAUAAGCUUUUUGGUUUGAUAACUUUUAAAUUAACGAUCAAAAGAUUUUGGAUUAACGCUUUUUUGAAAUUUAAAAAUUUUAUUCAAGAUUCUUGAACAUGAAGUUCAAUUUUUGAACUUUAAUGAUUUUAAACUUGUAAAAUAGUUUAUUAACGUUCAAAUUUUGAUUUUAAAGCUCAAAUUUUGACAACAAAGUUCAAUUUUUGAUCUAAAAGUUCAAAUUGUGAACUUUUGAUUCAUUUUUAAAUUGUUAAAAUCAAAAUCCAAAAUCAACGAAAACAAAAUAACCAAGUCCAUAAAUUUUUUUGGAACUUUAGCAAAAAUUCCUCAGAAAUGACUCAAAUUUCGAAACAAGAAAGAAUUCAGUGAGGAACGAAAAAUCCACUAUUUAAAAUUUUCAAAAUCAAUGACAAAAUUCUUUGAAUGCUUUUAAGAUUUUUAAACUUAAAGUUUAAAAUAUUUUCUACAAAAGCAUCGAGGAGUCUGACUGCUCCUAUCUUUUUCGUCUAUUCUAUAAUUUUUUUGAAAUAUUUCUUUGGAAAAAUUCUUUAAAAAUUUCUUACUUGAUUAAUAGAAAAAAAAUUCUGAAUUAAAUUAGGGAUUCAAUGAUUGUUUUAGGAAGUUAAGGAUGAAUGUCAUUUAUGAAAUGAGUCACAUGGUUAAAUGGCUUGAAAGCUGCUAUAGGUUCUGUAGUUCAAUAAUGAAGGCAGACGUUUAUUCAUAAAUUAAGCUCCGAAUCUACUUAAAAUUCUGGUCUUCAAUACUAUUUUUUUUUGAAAUUUCAAAACCUAAUGUACCAUAAAAUCAAUAAAUAUGCAGCAACUGCCCGUCACUUAACUACCUACAGCAAUCAUUCAGUCCCUGAGUAAAAUACUUAAAAUAAUUAUUAUUAUUAUAGAAAUUUACAUAAUAAAUUGUGAAUGUAGUGUAAAUGGAUGAAUGGAACUGAAAUCGUGAAUGAAUAGUUAGAAUAUUAAGGCUGUUAAUGUCUAAUUUAAAAAAUUUAUUUGUAAAAUGUAAAAAAGAUGCAAAAACAUUUGAAUUAAAGAAUUCAAUACUUUUUAAGAUUUAAAUAAUGAAAAAUGACAAUCAAAUGACAUGUGCUGAAGAAAACUUAAACUUUAUGAUUUUAGAGGGAGUGAUUGAUAUUGAGGGAUGAGGACAUUUUAUGAAUUUUCGAAAGAUUAUAUUUUUAAAAAGUGAAAAACAGUUUAAAGUGUAAAUUCUAAAAGCAUUUAAGAAACUUAUUUAUUAUUGUUUUUCAAAUUUAUUUUUUGUAUUUUUUAACAAACUUUUGACUUUUCUUAUGAAAUUUGAAAUUGAUUUGAUAUUUUUAAAUUUUUAUUAAAAUUUUUUUUAUUUUUUUCCUAAAAUUGAAUCUAUAAAAAUCAAUUAAUUCAUUAUACCUUUUAUAAAAUUUUCAAUUGUUCAAUUUUUAUAAGUUUCUUAAAGGUUUUUUUAAAUUUUAAAAUUCCCAAAAAUUUUCAAUCCUCAAUAUAAAGUUGCUCCCAAAAUGAAACUUAUUAAAUUUUUUUGUAAGUUUAAAACAUUUUAUAAGUGCAAGUUGCAUUAAAAUUCCAAUGUGUAAAUAAUUAAAUUUUUUGUGUAAUAAAUUGUAACAAAAAGAAAUUCUCUCAAGCUAUUCACAGCCUUUAAUUGGCUUGUUGUGGAACCCUAAAGACUUUAAUGAUUGCUUGAGAUCAACUAGCAUUUAGAAGAUAGAAAAAAAAUGUGGAAAAAAAUGCUAAGAAAAUGAAGAAUUAAAUUUAAAAUUAAUUUAAAUGCCAUAUCAACCAAGACGUGCACAAAUUUUCUUUCUAGAAAUUUAAUAAAAAAAUUAAAUCUUGUGUUGAUAAAGUGUCCAUAGAGCAUCGUGAAUUUUUAAUUUAAGCACAGCAUGAUGCAAUGCAUAUUUUAUCGACACAAAAAAUUUUUUUUGAAUGUAAAUUUACAAGAUAAACUUUUUGACUCAAAACUAUUUUUUUAAAAAAAUAUAUUUCUUGAGAUUGACUUUAUUUACGAUUUUAAGUUGCGAAUAUUUUUAUUUCACCACCCUACUCCCAUUUUUGGAUAUACAUAUUCCAAGUUUAUUCGUUUUAUUUCUUAUUAUUUCAUAUUAUCUUGUAAAUAGCCACUUUAUUUUGUAAUAUUUGUAUAUGUACUUAUUUUUAAUGACAACUACAUUGCAAUUUCAUACUGCCUGUAAUAUCAUAUUUCCCUUAUAAUCCUUAAAUAGAAACAAAAAAAUUAAAUCACAAUGUUAGUAGAUAGUAGAAGAAUUAUUGUAUUUCGAUCGAAUUUUUCGCUUGUGAUUACUGAAUUAUGCUUGUGUAUACAGGAAUUUUUUUUUUAUAUAUUUUAUUGUAAAUUUUUUUCUUUCUAAAAUGAAGUUUAGAAUGGAAAACCCGAUUGUAAAAAAUGGAUCAAAAAUGACUAAGGAUAAAAAUAAAAUGAAUAAAGAAAGUAAAAUUUUGUGUUUUUGACAAUAAUUUCGUGAGUUUCAGGAUUUUUUUAAUUUUGAGCAGUUUUUGUUCGAAGUACAGGAGCUGUGAUUCACACGUGUGAUUUACUGAGUUUCAGACUCAAGCACCAAAAAAACUUUUUUCAAAAAAAUUAUUGUAGAACAACGAAGUAGGGACCGGGAGAUCAAAAAUUCUAGUAGAUCAUUAGAAAGCUAGAAUCAUUUUAUUGGAUCUGAAGAAAUUUUUAAGCAUUUCCAAGUCACAAAGAGAGGAACGAACCUUUGUGGUGUAGGAGC